AUGGCCCACACACAUUCCCCCCUAUAUCAUUGGAAUAGCUGUCCUGGUCUGUUAAACACACCAGAACAACAACAACAAGCAAAUGGCAUUGCUCCCAUAAUACCGCCAUCACAAAUCACGAAGAUUCAUAUCUAUGAUUUUGAUAACACAUUGUUUGCAUCGCCACAACCAAAUAAACAACUAUACACAAAAAACUUCCAUGAUAGAUUAGGUUUUGGCCUUGGUCCUAAAAAUGCUGGUCCUAGAUGGUGGUUAGAACCAAUGUUCCUGCGUCAAGCAUACAAUGAAUUCAUACAAGCCGCAUUAUCUGAACAAACAAAACCCGCGCAGGAGGGAGGAUUGAACAAUCAUCCUGCUGGUAAAGUCCUUUUCCAAUAUUGGAAUAGAGAUAUCCUUGAACUAGCUGCAGCCUCCAUUCAAGAUCCUAGUACAAUUUCUAUAUUAAUGACCGGUAGAGAGGAUGUUGCAUUUUCUGCCUUGAUAGAAUAUAUGAUUACAACCACUAGAGAUACUUUUUUCAACAAAGAUUCACCUUAUUUAAAAUUUAACGCAGUUGUUUUGAAGAAGAAAGAUGGAAAUUUCAAAAGUACAAUGGCUUUUAAACAACAAUGUUUGUCCGAUUUAAUAAACCAUUAUUCAACAAGUAUAAAAGAGAUUACUAUUUAUGAUGAUAGGCCCAAACAGAUAAACCAAUUCAAAAUAUUCUUGAAUAAUUUACCAUAUAAUCCAAGAUUACAAUGGUUUGUCAUUCCAGUACCACCUAUCUCUAAGCGAAUUAACCCAGACAAGGAAUAUAAAAUUCUAAUGCUUAUGGUCGAUAAAUAUAACGAAACAUUAAAAGGGUCUUUUAAGAGGAACAAAAUCGAAAUUAGGUGGACACCUAAAGAACUUGGAUGUUAUUUGACUUUAGAGUCUCAUGCUGCACUUCUUGAACGUACCGCAGAAUAUCUCGAGAACAAAUCAAUUGACAUGAACUCUAUUCGAAAUUUGAAACAAUAUCCAUUAGGCAUACUAUUAUCAAAAUCAGGUAAUAUAAUACCAGGCAAUGAAAUGGUUUCUAUUUAUUUAAAUGAUAAUAAUAGUAAUAAAAUUAGUCUUUCCUCAACUGAUCAAAGAAACAUACUAAAUAAGAUUUAUAAUCCACAAAAUGAAGAAGAUUUGAAAAAAUUAGUAUUCAUUGUUCAUACCAUUGGAAUUAAAAGAGUAACAGGUAACAAAGUUGACAUAUACUUUAAAGCUUCCUGCGCAAAUAAUUAUCUUUUCCCAACUCAAAAAAUUUAA